AAGAAAAUAUGAUCUGGGGUCCCUGGCUAAAAAAUUUCACGUUUGUUGCUGUGAUAUUGACAGAUUUUUGAUACAUAUUCUGAUAUAUUUUGAUGAAAGUUUCAAAACUGUGCCGAAUUAUGUGUUUAUUCCGUUCCUAGAAAGUAAUGAAAAUUUUGCUUUUAUUGAUCUAUAGAUUUUUUGGUCGAAUAUUAAAUAUUUUGAAUAAGUUUUUCAACGCUUCCAAGUUGCGACACCUUCGUGAAAUUGUGGAUGCAAAGGCAGAGUAUCUUGAGGACAUGAGUAGUGAAACAACCUCGUCAAUUGCAUUUGAUGCUACAAAAGGUUACAUUUUCCGACCAUACGAAAUAAAGCGAAUCAAAUACAAAAGCUACAUUAAAAACGGAAGGUCUAGACCAUAUGCUCGUAGUGGCCACAGGAUUGUUUGCGACGAUUCAAAUAUUUAUUGUUUUGGUGGAUUUAAUCCGAAUAUGACAGAGGUCAACGAUGAUGAUGAUGAUGCGUCUUGUCUGUUUCAAGAGCUGUGGAAGUUUGACGUAAUAAAGAGAGAAUGGCACUUAAUCAUGGGACCCAAUAACGAUCUGCCCCAAGAGCUGGCAUCCAAUGCGAUGCUCUUACAGGGAGAUACUUUGGUGGUUUAUGGAGGAACUGGUUUUCCAUUCGGUGUGAAUUGUUCAAACAAGGUUUAUUUCUGUCAACCAGGUAGGAAACCAAAAACAAUGACAGAAAUUGAAAUUAAGGGUGAUAUCCCUCCAGCGCAAUAUGGACAGGCUAUAUUAUAUCAUGAUGGUUUCUUGUACACAAUUGGCGGAACUGAUGGCUUUGAUUAUACAUGUGAUGUAUAUAGAUUAAAUUUAUUGUCUAAAACAUGGGAAUGUGUAUACAUUUGUCGCCAAGAUAUUCGGGACGAUCCUUCAGGCCGUUAUAGACAUGAAAUUGCAUUUGACAACGGAAAAAUUUAUGUACUCGGUGGUGGUACAAGUGAUUCUGCAUUCAGUUUAGCAACCAUCCCCACAUAUGACAUAAAACAAAAUGUAUGGACAUACACAGCUACAAAACCGGAUCCAAAAUUACCACUCCCUGGUGUACCAUCAGCACGGAAGUGUUACUCUUGUGUUCAACACAAAACAGAGUAUGGCACGGAGGUAGUUAUCGCUGGAGGCACCGACGGUCGCUCGUAUUACAAGGAUAUUUGGAAACUCAAUUUGAACUCCUUUGAAUGGCGACUAAUGCAGAAAUCGACUCUACCUUAUCCGUUGUUUUUUCAUGAUGCUGCAUCAAACAAUGAGGGCUGUAUGUAUAUCUUUGGAGGUAUAAAAUUUAGUUUCAACAAUAACGUUCGAACCAAUGUUGUGUAUAAAAUGUGGACAGCUAUACCUAAGCUUAGUGAAAUAAGUUGGGAAGCUAUUUUACACUAUUGGUCGGGUUUGUCAAAGCAGUCGAGGCAACAGCUGCUCGAAAUGGGCAUUCCGGCAAAAUUUGUACAAAGGGUGCAUAAAAUCUAAAUAAAUACUAAUCUAGUAUCA